AUGAGCCUUUCCUGUGUCUCAAACUCUUGUAAACUGUCGCCCAAGAAGUCAUCGCCGGUCGCCGUCGCCGCCUAUCUGUCCGCCAAUUCGUCGGCCAAUAAAGUGUGGAUCAAAGGGACCGCCGAAGAGUCCACUCACCGCUCAUUGGCUCCAAAUAAUGGCUCAAUUGGUGCCAAAACGGACACCGAGAAGACUGUCCACAGAAUCAGAGCUGAUCUCAACGGUGAUAAUGAAGUGGACGUCGAAACCAAUGAUCUCACCCCCGAUGACGACCGACAUUACAAGAGGCCUGUCGUUAGGUUUGGCGGCUUUGACAGCAAGACUAUGAAGAUUGUGAUCACUGUUUGCGGGAAUGAAACGCUUAAACAAAGUCUGAUUACAUUGAAAUCGGCGGCAAUUCUGACCAAAAGUAGACUUCAUUUCAUUGUUAUGUCCGACGAAUAUAACCGCAAAAUAAUGGGGCGAUCGAUAUUGAAUGAGUGGCCAAAAGAGAUCUUAAGCCGAAUAUCAUUUGAGAUCCAUUUGGUGUCGUUUCCCAACACUGUUAAUGUCGAGGAAUGGAGAAGACUAUUUAAAUUAUGCGCCGCUCAGCGACUGUUCCUUCCGACAAUACUAAAAGAUAUUGAUUCGGUUCUCUAUGUGGACACCGAUGUGCUGUUCCUGACACCAGUGGACCAAAUGUGGAGUAUCUUUGAACGAAUGAAUUCCACACAAAUGGCCGCAAUGUCGCCCGAGAGUGAGGACUUUGCCAGCAGUUGGUACUAUAGGUUCGCGAAACACCCGUACGUCGAGCGGUUGGGCGUCAACUCAGGCGUUAUGCUCAUGAACUUAACCCGAAUGCGAGACUUUCAUUGGACCGACUAUUUGGAGCCCUAUUUGGCUCAAUACAGACUGAAUAUC